CUACCAUAGUUAUAUGUGUGAACAAUUAUUGCUCAACUGUAAAUUUUACUACAUCAGAGAUAAGAUAUUGGCCUUAGAUUCAGAAGUAUAUUUAACCUGAUCAAUCAUAAACAGUGUUGGAUAGUGUUAAUUAGUGAUAAUUUAUUUUCUGGCGGAAAGCUGCGAGCAGAGAGUUUUAUGACUAAACAAGGAUAGACAAUUGUUUUAAAAUUAUUUUAGCUUUGAAAAUUCAUGGGAACAAAAAAUUGUUUUUGAACAGACUUUUAAAAACGGACUUGCCAUCCCAACAUUUUCCAAGGCUCCUACAUGAGAAUUAAAAUAUUUGAAUUAUAUUUCUUUUAUGUUUUUUGUUAACCAAAGAGACACACACCCCCCUCCUUGUAAUACUGACUUCCUUGUGUUGAAAUGGAAUCUUCCACUCACAUUCCCUUGUGCCCAGUAUGAAAAUGGAAUAUUCCAUUUAUAGUGAAGAUGAGAGUCCGCAGCAAACAACUUUUUUGUCAACACCUGCUGCAAGUAGUAUCCUUAGUUAGCAUUUGUCUUGUUGCCAACGGUGAUGAUGAUGAUGAAGACAAGGUGAUUUUGGUGAAAGAUAGCAAAGAAUUUGGUAUCCAUGGUAAUAUAUUAUCCGUUGGUAGCAUUGGUAAAUUGCCUGAAUGGGAUUCAUAUGGAUACAUUAUGUAUUGUCCAUGCAUGGGUAGAUUUGGUAAUCAAGCCGAACAAUUUCUUGGAUCGUUAGCUUUUGCAAAAUUGUUGAACAGAACACUGGUUGUACCACCAUGGCGACAAUAUAGGAAUGUGCCUUACAGUGAUUUUUUUAAAUUGGAAGAAUUGGAAAAAUAUCAUAAAGUUAUACUGAUGGAAGAUUUUAUACAAUAUCUUGCUCCAAAACAUUGGUCGCCAGGGAAACGUCAUGGUUACUGUCAAGUAUUGAAUGAUCAAGGAUGCCAAAUGAAAGAAAAUAACGCUGGAAGAAGAUUUUGGGAUGGUUUUGAUGUAGAUUUUGAUGAUGAUGAUGUUGUCUAUCAUUUAAAUACAAAUGUUGAUAUAUUAAAUAAGAGGUACAAAGAUGUCAUAAAAGAAUGGCACACAUUAUUUCCAGCUUCCAACCAUCCAGUAUUAACAUUUAAAGGAGCUCCAGCUUCAUUUCCAGUCCAACAAGGAAACCGUCAACUACAUCAGUACAUCAAAUGGAGUGAUAAUAUUAUGCAAGAAGCUCAUUUGCAUAUGAAUAAAUUAUUCCAUGGUGAAAAAUAUGUUGGUAUACAUCUUAGAAAUGGAAUAGAUUGGGAGAAAGGCUGUGUGUGGGGUGAAGGACGUGCAAAUUUCAUGGCAUCUUCUCAGUGUCUAUCAAAAGGACAGUUACUAACCAGUGUGAUGUGUUACCCUUCAACUCAGACAAUACUAGAAACAACUAAAAUGGUUGUCAUGGUAAUUGAUGCUAAGCAUGUUUACAUAGCAACAGAUCAUGAUCCUUUGAAAGAGGAUUUGGAGAAUUAUUUGCAACCAAUUGGGGUAAAUGUUCACUAUUUGAAUCCCAUCUUACCACAGAUUGACCUGGCAAUUUUGGGCCAAUCAGAUUACUUCAUUGGUAACUGUGCAUCAUCAUUUUCUUCAUUUGUGAAACGAGAACGCGACACCAGUGGUGAAAAUAAACCCACCACAUACUGGGGAUUUGAGUUAGAAUCAAUGUAUUACCGGUAA